UUUGGGGUCGCUGGUGGUUUGGUUUCGGGCCCCCUCCGUGACUCCGUCAUGCGUUCCGUGCAAUGGAUCCUGGUGACCGCGACGGCCGUGCGCCUGGAAGGACCUGAGAAUUCCUCUGGCUUCCUCUCGCCAGGCAAUGCGACGGUGAACCACACAGCGCUAGAUGCGACCGAGAACUCCACCGGUGAUCUCGCCAGCGAGGUGGAGCAAGCAGAUGCCACGCUUCUGAAGCUCGUGCCGCAGGAGAACCAGACAACAUCUCAGGAACACCAGGAUGCGGCCGAUAGCCUGAACUCCUUUGAGAACAUGUUGGCAUCCUCCAUGGGCAACCAGUCUACCAGCGGCCUCGUGGGUGUCUCCAAGAACUCCGAGGGGGACUUCCAGACCAUGCGCACGGCGGGGGUCUUCAACCUGGGCAUGUCCCUCAUCGCCUUUUUGGUCUUCAGCGUCUUCCGCGCCUUCUUCCCAGCCGUGUACAGCGCCGAGCCGGAGCAGGACACUACGCCGAUGCUGGCGUUGCGUUCUGGCCUGGCCCGGAUGUGUCACGUCCACGCAAUGGAGGACACGGAAGUGGUCGCCCGCGCUGGUUUGGAUGGCCUCAUGCUUUUGGAGUUCAUGCGCCUGGGCAGGCAGCUGGCGCUGGUCUGGGGCAUUGUCAUUGUGGGGAUGCUGUGCCCGCUCCAUUUCUACCUGCACAGCCAGUUCUCCGGCCAGUUUGAGCUUUUGAGCAUGACGAGCUUCAACGGCCUGUCCGGGUUACCACACCAGCAGCUCACGCUGCUGCUUUGGUCCCACGCCGCUACGGUGUGGUUUGUCGUCCUCGCGGCGGGGCGCUUUGUGUACCAGGCCCAGCUUCGCUUCCUGGAGCACCGCUUCACUUGGCUGAAGAAGAUCCCAGCGCCACGUGCGACCACUCUGAUGGUCGAGAACCUGCCGGAGGACUGCCGCUCGGACGAGGCCUUGCGCAUGUACUUUGCGCGGCUCUUCUCACCCGAGGCCAUUCAGAAGGCCUAUGUGGUCCGGCGCACCGACUACUUGUGCAAGCUGGUCAACGACAUGGAAAGCGCGAGCUACAACUUGAACCUUGAGGAGGCGCGUAGCGCGAACAGUUGGCGGAGCUGCCCGCCAUGCACACGGGAGUGCAAAGUGGAGGAGUUUCGCCGGCGAGUGGAGGACUUGCAGGCGGCGGUGGUCAAGGAGCAGCAGCGCAUCGAGGAGGCGGUGAAGCGGACGGAUCUCAACGUCUGCGGAUGCUCAGGCUUCGUGACCUUCAACUCCCGCAGGAUGUGCAUGCUGGCCCUGUCCCCCCAGUACCGCGCCGACGCCACGCAGCUGGUGGUGGCCAUGCCGCCGGACCCCGAGGACGUGAUCUACAGGGACUUGGCGAAAGACCCCCAGGUGCAGGCGGGCGGCAACCUGACGGCCGCGGCGCUGCUGCUGCUGAUCUUCGUGAUUUGGGCUCCCUUGAUCGCCACAUUCCUGGACCGAGUGGAGCCCGUGCUCCUCGGAACUCUCAAGAAUCAGCCGGAGCUUCAGCAGUUGGUGCAAGGCGUGAUGAGCACCGGGGUGUUGAAGGUCUUUAUGGGAUUUCUGCCCACGGUUCUCAUGGCCAUCAUCAACAACGUCCUCACGCUGAAGGCGGGUACCUGGGCGCAGCUCAAGCUCCAGGACUGGUACUUUGCCUUCCAAGUGGUCUUUGUGCUACUGGUGACCACCAUCGUGGGCACCUUUCUCAACGUGCUGGAGAAGAUGUUGGCGCAUCCUGGCGAGAUCAUCUACCUGCUGGCUGACGCUUUGCCUGGCUUCUCCAACUUUUACAUCAACUACAUCAUGCUGAGCUGCUUUUUGCAGGUCUUUGAUCUGCUGCGCACGGCUCCUUUGGCCAAGUACAUCUUCCACCGCCUGCGUGGCGCGGACCCGGAGGAAGCCCGCGCACAGAGCGAGCCGGAAGACCAGGACAGCGAUGGCAUGGGCGCUCGCAUGGCCAAGGUGGCCAUCCACCUGGUGGUCUGCGUGGUCUUUGCCAGCUGCUGCCCUGUGAUCUUGGUGGUGGCCUGGCUCUACUUCGCCGUGGGCUGCUUUACCUUCGGCUAUUUGGUCAUCUUCGCAGAGACCAAAAAGCCGGACAUGGGCGGCGCUUUCUGGGUGAAGGGUUUGCGCCACCUCUUCCUGGGCCUCGGCAUCUAUGUGCUGCUCAUGGUGGGCUUGUUAUCCCGCGCCUCACUCUCCCGUGAGCCUGCGGUUUUGGCGGCGGGCGCAUUGGUGCCCUUGGGCUUGGGCUACCUGCGCUUCAGUCUGCUGAGCUGGGAGGCACUUCCCUUCGAGGCUGUAGCAGAAGUGGACCUCACCGAGCAGCGGCGGCAUCGCAUCGGGGAGUAUCGGCAGCCAGAGUGCACCAAGGACCGAGCCUUCCAUCAUGGUCACAAGAAGACAGACACUGCUGGCUGAAGUGGGCUCUGUGGGCGGCCUGCGUACACACAAAGCAGGUAUGAGGGCCCUGGUGGCCUGAGUGAGUGGGAAGACGAGCUUGAAAUCGAAUCGCCCCAAAAGGACCUUCGGGAAACAGUUGGAGUCUCCGAUCACAACAGACUGCCUGCAAAAGCCU